CCCAGCCUUUGCCCAAGCUGAACUACUAUUAUGUCGUUAUCGGUACCGCAGGCGCCAAAUGCCGGCUUGUUCAAGCCUGGCUACCAAACAUACGAUGCCGAAGAUGCAGCUGUUCUGCGUAAUAUCGACGCGUGUCGUACAAUAGCUGCAACAGUACAGACUUCUUUGGGCCCUUAUGGUAGGAAUAAAAUUGUUAUCAACCACCUACAGAAAAUGAUCCUUACGAACGAUGCCGCCACCAUCCUCAAGGAACUUGAAGUCGUUCACCCCGCUGCUAAGCUCAUGGUAAUGGCCUCACAACAACAGGAGGCUGAGAUGGGCGAUGCGACAAAUAUGGUGAUCAUAUUCGCUGGAGAGUUAUUGAAGAAAGCCGAAGAACUACUUAGAAUGGGCUUGAAGACUAGCGAUAUCGUGGUUGGUUACGAGAAAGCUCAGGACUUCGCAAUUAAGGCACUGGAAGAGUUGGAGAUCGACAAAGUGGAAGAUAUGCGGAGUCAAGAAGAGCUAAGCAAGGCUUUACGAACCGUCAUCUCGGCCAAGCAAAGCGGCAGUGAGGAUGCGCUUGCGGACCUAGUGGCGGAAGCUGUGCUUGCAGUGUUGCCGAAGAACCCUGCCAACUUCAACGUGGACAAUAUUCGGGUGGUGAAGAUUUUAGGCGGCUCAAUAGAGCAGUCUAAAGUGAUCAAGGGCAUGGUCUUUGGACGAGAACCGGACGGAAUUAUCAAAAAGGCUACCAAGGCCAAAGUCGGCGUUUUUACUUGUCCUUUGGACAUUUCACAAACAGAAACCAAAGGCACGGUGCUACUAAAAAACGCAAAGGAAAUGCUUGAAUUUACAAAAGGUGAGGAGAAGCAGAUGGAGGGUAUCAUUAAAGAACUGUAUGACUCCGGCCUCAGAGUUGUUGUCGCUGGGUCAACAGUUGGCGAGCUAGUCUUGCACUACCUCAACCGCAUGGGCAUUCUUGUAAUCAAAGUCCUAUCGAAGUUUGAGCUGAGGAGGUUAUGUCGUGUUGUUGGCGCAACACCGUUGGCUCGACUAGGUGCGCCUAUGCCUGAUGAGAUGGGCUCAGUCGACGUUGUAGAAACAAUCGAGAUCGGCGGAGAUCGCGUCACUGUUUUCAGGCAAGAAAAUGAAGCUACGAGGACCGCAACUCUCGUGCUUCGUGGCGCAACACAGAAUCAUCUCGACGACGUAGAGCGAGCGAUCGACGAUGCUGUUAACGUGGUCAAAGCAAUUACAAAAGACCCACGGCUCGUUCCGGGCGCAGGUGCAACAGAAAUGCAGCUUAUUGAACGAGUGACAGCAUUUGCUGACAAGACUCCGGGCCUUUCUCAAUACGCAAUACGCAAAUUUGGCGAAUCAUUUGAGGUCAUACCACGAACUCUCGCCGAAUCAGCUGGUCUCGAUGCCACCGCAGUAUUGUCCAAGCUGUAUACAGCACAUUCUGCACAAAAGGAUCGUGGCAAAGGUGACAAGUAUUGGUGGUGCAAAGGUGUAGACAUUGAAAAUGAAGAUGGUACUGGAGUGAUGGAUGCGGAAGAAGAGGGUAUUUUGGACCUCCUCGUCAUCAAGACAUGGGCUAUAAGGCUGGCAGCAGAGGCGGCAAGAACGGUUCUAAGUGUGGAUCAGAUCAUUGUUGCUAGACAGGCAGGAGGCCCGAAACCUCCUGGCCCGAAUCCAAACUGGGAUGAGGACUAAGAGUUGCGCUAUGUAAAGCCAGGAGCAAACAAAAACGCAAUUUAUAUCCGGGUAGGAUAGCAUUAACCUAAUUGGUCAAGCUCAACAUGAGUGCGAAGACAUGC